UACAGCGUAGAGACUACAUUAAAAUCGAGUAAAACUCAAAAUUUUGUACUAUGGUGGGGGCGCUGUCGUCGCGUUUCGUCCCUCUCCCGCCACACUCGCCUCGCCCCGCGCCGUCUAGAUGCGACCCGUGCGCAGGAUAUAAAAAGGCGGCGGUACGGCGGUAACCGAAACAGUCUCUCGUCGGCGCUCAAACGGCGUUGAUCGUGUUUAUUUCGUUCGUUCGUUGUCAACGUACAUACAUAGAAGAUGACCGGUCGCGGUAAGGGAGGAAAGGGGCUGGGAAAAGGAGGAGCCAAGCGUCACAGGAAAGUACUUCGUGAUAACAUCCAGGGUAUCACGAAGCCCGCCAUCCGUCGUCUGGCUCGCAGAGGCGGCGUCAAACGUAUCUCCGGUCUGAUCUACGAAGAGACCCGUGGUGUGUUGAAGGUGUUCCUCGAGAACGUGAUCCGUGACGCCGUCACUUACACCGAGCACGCCAAGAGGAAGACCGUCACCGCCAUGGACGUCGUCUACGCUCUGAAGCGUCAGGGCCGUACCCUCUACGCAUCGUUGCAUUUGUGUGUGGGUUCGUUAAUUCGCGACGUAAUGGCUCGUACAAAGCAGACCGCUCGUAAAUCCACCGGUGGUAAGGCGCCGAGGAAGCAGCUCGCCACCAAGGCGGCGCGCAAGAGCGCACCGGCGACCGGUGGCGUCAAGAAGCCCCAUCGUUACAGGCCCGGUACCGUGGCCCUGCGUGAGAUCCGUCGUUACCAGAAGAGUACCGAGCUGUUGAUCCGCAAGCUGCCUUUCCAGCGUUUGGUGCGUGAGAUAGCUCAGGACUUCAAGACCGAUCUCAGAUUCCAGAGCUCCGCCGUGAUGGCUCUUCAGGAAGCCAGCGAAGCUUACCUCGUCGGUCUCUUCGAAGACACCAACCUGUGCGCCAUUCACAAGAUGACCGGUCGCGGUAAGGGAGGAAAGGGGCUGGGAAAAGGAGGAGCCAAGCGUCACAGGAAAGUACUUCGUGAUAACAUCCAGGGUAUCACGAAGCCCGCCAUCCGUCGUCUGGCUCGCAGAGGCGGCGUCAAACGUAUCUCCGGUCUGAUCUACGAAGAGACCCGUGGUGUGUUGAAGGUGUUCCUCGAGAACGUGAUCCGUGACGCCGUCACUUACACCGAGCACGCCAAGAGGAAGACCGUCACCGCCAUGGACGUCGUCUACGCUCUGAAGCGUCAGGGCCGUACCCUCUACGGUUUCGGCGGUUAAACGACCUAAUCGACAACAUCGGGUUGUUUCGUCGCGGCGAGUGUGUGUGUAUGUGUGUACGUUGUGAGUUUUCUGAGUCUUCGACGACGACGACGACGGAGGUGUAGUGUCAUGUGUGCGAUUACUAUCUUAACGCGACUUACACUCACUUCUCGCUCGCACUUCUACACACUACCACUGCUGGCUACGACGAGAGUGUUGCCCGCCCGCCUUCUACUAUAUCAUAGAAGACGCCGGCGCUCGCUCAAACAAAAAGGCCCUUUUCAGGGCCGCA